CGGCAAGAACACAUUAAAUAGAGCCACAGCACAUCACCGGAUCGUAAUCAAUCGUGUAACGGCCGCCAAAUAGUAGAAACGUAUAACAAGUGGAAAUGGCAACAAAUCGGAGUGAAACCGGUCUGUGUAACGGUAGCGAGUAUGAUCCCAAGGAGAAGCUGUGGUACGGGGAGCGACUACCUUCAGUGCUUAAUCCGGAGGCCGGUCUAGGGCGCAUCGUACUCGACUCGUUAGCCCGUUCACCGGACAAAGUGAUCCAGAUUAAUGCAGACACGGGAGCAAAGGUUACUUGUGCCGAGAUGCGCCUAAAGAUCAUCCGCGUCGCGAUGCACUUGCGGAAGCUCGGUUACACCAAGGGAGACUUUGUCAGUGUGGCCUGUGGCAAUAGUGAACUCGUGGUCCCGGUGUUUAUCGGCUGCUGGGUGCUCGGACUAGCCAUGAACCCGUUGGCACCGAUAUUCGCCAAGAAUGACUUUGUGCAUAUGAUGAGUCAAACGCAAUCUCGGUUGGUGUUCUGUGAUCCGUCAAACAGGGAGAUCGUACAGGAAGCGGUACGUGAGGCGAUCAAGAAUCCGAAGGUCCAUCUGUACGUGAUGGACGAGGAUCGAUCGGUGGAAGGAUGUCGGUCGGUUAGUGAGCUGCUUGCACCGAUCGAAGGUGAACAAGAGUUCCGUGCAGAGUAUCUCGGUGAUGCAACAAAGUUGCUGGCCAUGGUGCUGUGCUCGUCUGGAACGACGGGACUUCCGAAAGGAGUGUGCCUCUCGCAUGCACACUUCGUUGAUGGAAUGGUGUUUUCCACGGAGGUAUCCGAUGGUCCCAUCUUUAACUUUAGCUCACUGUUCUGGGCAACGGGGAUCUUUGCCGUGCUUACGUCUUUGUUCUACGGGCGACCACGUGUCCUUACUAGCAGCUCAUUCAAUUCGGAACUCCUCUUGACCAUAAUCGAGAAGUAUCGCAUCGAGAACCUGUUCACCGCACCAUCCUACAUAUCGGCGUUGCUGGCGCACCCACAGUUGCCCAAGUUUGAUCUGUCCAGUGUUCGACACUGGCAGGUCGGCGGAGCGAUGGUGCUGGAAGAGCUGAUUGUCAAACUCAAGACUCACCUCCCGAACGGACACGCACGCUCAAUCUAUGGUAGCUCGGAGAUCGGAUUCAUCACGCGCAACGAUGCGCACUGCCUUCCGAACUCCGUUGGUCCGCUGGCCACGAACGUCGUGUGCCGGAUAGUGGACGAAGCAGGACGUCCGCUUGGUCCUGGACAAACGGGCGAACUACAGCUGAAACAUCGCCACAUGUUUCUGGGAUAUCUCAACAAUCCGGAAGCGACGAAAAAUGCCCUGACCAAGGAUGGGUUCUUCCGCAGCGGUGAUAUCGGAUUCAUGGAUGCAAACGGGAACCUGUUUCUCAUCGAUCGCAUCAAGGAUAUCAUCAAGUACUGCAACUAUCAGAUAUCGCCCUCCGAUCUCGAGGGUAUCAUCCAGAAGAUCGAUGGCGUGAAACAGGUGUGCGUGGUUGGCGUGCCAUCGCCCGAUCGGACCAGCGAUUUACCGUUGGCGGUGGUGGAGCGGGCGCCCGGAUCAAACAUCCAGGAGGCGGAUAUCGUACGCCUCGUCGAGGGGCAGGUGGCCGAUUUUAAGCGUUUGCGCGGUGGAGUCCGUUUUGUCGACAGUUUCCCCAUGACUCCGUCGGGCAAGAUAUUGCGUCGCGAGGUGAAGAAACUGAUCGACGAAACUCGUUAAGUGAAUGUAGUUUAGUGAAGUAAAAUGUAAAAUAAAACAAAUAAUUAAAUAAAGUUUAAA